AUGCUUACAGCGAUUGCAGAUGUAAAGGUGUUAUCAAAUGAUGGAUUACCUGAAAAGAUAUGCCACAAGUGUUGUACUUCAUUAGAAAAAGCAUAUCUAUUGAAAACUGUGGCAGAAAGGACGGAUAAAAAAUUAAGAAGUAUCUUAGCCAAAGCAAGUAAAAAAGUUCCGACAAAGAAAAUUGCGUUUGAUUCUUUUACUGAUAUCAAGAGUGAAAUUGGACCUUUGUCAAUUAAAUCUGAACCAAAAUGGGAAAUGGAGAUAGAUUUGGAUGACAAUUCUAAUAAGCAGAUAGAAACUAUAGAAGGAAAGGAUAUAGUUAUAGCAAACACCGUUAUAAGAAAAGUGGAUCCAGAAAACGAGGAAUCAAAAUCAGAAUCGAUAAAUGAUGACAAAGUGGAUGUCAGCUGGAAAUUGUCUAAAUCUCAGAAUAAUUAUGAUGAUGAUGAUGAUAGUGAAUAUUUGGAUGAUGUAUUUCAUGAUGAUGAUGAUGACGAUUAUGUGCCGCCUACUGAGAAACACAAAUCUAAAUUUAAAAAACCAAAAUUGUGUGAUAUAAAGGUUUUUAAAGGGAAAAAAGCAGUAGUGAGAAAAGUUAAAGUGUUAAGGAAACUUAAGGAUGAUUUGGAAGAAAAUGGUAUUAAAAGUAGUGAUGAUAGCAACAAAUCACGAGCUACCACCAUUACUUGUUAUCCCAUAUUGAAAAAUGGCUCUAGGGGUCCACCUAUACUACUAAAAAGGCCUAAAGAUGCAACUGUACUUAAAGUUCAUCCAAAUUAUAAAUCAAGAAGUUCAGGAAAUUCUUUAGAUAGUAAUAGAAUAGCUCGCAGCAGGGAUAAGUCAGUAAGAUUAAUUAGAAAACCUGAAGUAAAGAAGAAAGAAAAGCUUGUGUGCCCUGUUUGUGGUAUACUUACUUAUACUCUUGGAAACCAUAUAGCAACACAUGAAGAAAAGAAGAAAUUCACUUGUAAUCAAUGUCCGAGAUCAUUUGUUCAAAAAAGUAAUUUGCUAGUCCAUAUGAAACAACAUACUGGAAUAAAAGAUCACAUUUGUGAAGUUUGCGGUGCUGGCUUCUACACGCAGAAAUCAUUGGUUAGACAUAACCUGAUUCAUAAAGGUGAACGACCUUUCUCCUGUAAUUUGUGUACAAAGAAAUUUAUUGCUCGUUGCGAUCUGAACCGUCAUCUGCGCAUACACGCCGGCUAUAAGCCGUUCAAGUGCUCAAAUUGUGCGAUGUCGUUCAACGCGAAACAUCAGUUGCAAAAUCACGAGCGAAUGCACACCGGGGAGCGGCCGUACUCUUGCCAGGUUUGCAACGUUGCAUUCAGCUAUAAAGUGAAUUUAAACAACCACGUUCUCAAAGCCCACGGUUUGAACCUCAAGUUCAAAUCAAUUCACACGGUGACUGAGGAGGUGCUUAGAAGAGAAAUGGGGAUGGUAAAUGAGGCACGUGAAGCCAUAGCCCACAUCCUGCCUCAUCUGAGCGACGUACCAACGCCAGCUGCUCACGAAACUGUACGCCACACGUCCGAGUAUUAA